AUGGUAAAAAAUCAAAUUGAAUUUAACGAAAAAUACGACAAUAAAGAAAUAGACGAAAUAGAAAUUAAGCGCAAAAACUUUCAAGGCUCACUAAUUAUUGAAAAUUAUUCUAAAUUAGAAGAAAUAUAUUUAUAUAAUGUUUUAAGCAUAGAUGAAAUAACUCUUAAAAAUUUGCCUCAACUCGAAAAAUGCACUAUCCGAGGUUGUGGGGUUAAAAAAUUAGCAAUUGAAAAUUGUUCCCAAAUCAAGGAAUUAAAUGUUGAAAGCAACUUUUUAACCAGUUUGGAAUUUGUAAAAAACCUACCAAACUUGCAAAGACUUGAAGUGGAUGGUAAUUCUGAACUUGCCUCAGGCUUAGAGUAUUUGCCAAAGGGAAUAAAAUUUUCUUGUGAUAAUACUAAACUUCCUUCUUUGCAACAAAAAUAUGAAAACUUAAAGGGGGUCAUGACUUCAGUUGCUAAGGAAGCGAAGAAAGAAAUAUUGAAAGGGAUAGAAGCUAAAGAAGAAAUUUCUGAACAAAAAGUAUUAAAGACUGAUGAAAUAAUCGUAGAUCUAACAAAAGGCAUAGAAGGUUUAAAGGAAGUAAAAGAGGAAUUAAAAACUAAUCUAGAGGAGGCAGAAAAAAAAGUCCAAAAGUUAGAAAAAGAAUUAAUUGAAGCCAAAGCCCGGGCUGAACAGAGACAGAAAAAAGUUGCUGAAUUAGACCAAGAGCAUUCUUUAGAGACCGAACAAACUCCGAUCAAUGAAAAAACAAUCAACUUUUUAAGAGCCAAAUCAAUUUUCCUUAAUGCUCGUCAAGAAACCAUUGGAGAAUUAAAAAAAUGUUUUAUUGCCUUGGAAAAUAAAUAUGGCAGAAAUGAAGUAAUUGGUGAAGUAGGUAAAACAAUAGUCGGAGUAGGAGAUUUACUUCCUAGCACUAUAACUUUUGGAGUUCCUAAAAUUAUUGGAGAAACAAUUCAAAUUGGAAAUAAUUUCUCAAAAAUAAUGUUAACCAAAGAAGGAAAUGAAAGGUUUCAACUUUCUCUUAAAGAUGAACAAGAACUAAUUCAACUUCAUAAAGACUAUGAUUUACUGAUUGAGUUCAUUAACAAUAAUGAAGAAUCAGAAGAAAACGAAUCAGAUAAUAUUUUAAAUUUGAAAAGCAGAACUAGGGAUGGAAAGGCUUGA